AUGUUCCGCAUUACUGUAGGGCGGCGCCUUGCCAAUGGGGUUCCUUCAAUGGCCUCAAGGUCCUUCAGCACAUCCCCCAUUGUUCAAGCAGCUGCGGAAGUGAAAAAACUGGGUGUCAUCGGCGCAGGACAGAUGGGACUUGGAAUUGCACUUGUUGCAGCUCAAAAGGCUGGCGUCCCAGUUACCCUGAUAGAUAACUCUCAAGCCUCCCUUGACAAGGGCAUGGAGUUCGCCAACAAACUUCUCGAAAAGGACGUUGCCAAAGAGCGCAUAACCAAAACUCAUGCUGCCCAAGUCCGCUCCAUGAUCACUCCCAGCACGAACCUCUCAGACAUCUCCGAUGUGGACUUCAUAAUCGAAGCAGUGCCCGAAAUUCCAGACCUAAAGUCCUCCAUCUUCUCCCAGCUAGCAGAAAUAGCCCCGUCCCAUGCCAUCCUCGCCACAAACACCUCCUCCAUCUCCAUCACAAAGAUCGCUGCCUCCACCACCAAAAACCCCACAGACCUCUCUGCCUCCUCCCGUGUCAUCUCCACCCAUUUUAUGAACCCCGUCCCCGUCCAGAAAGGCGUCGAGAUUAUCACAGGCUUGCAAACAUCCCAAGACACCAUCGACACAGCCAUUGAGUUUGUCAAGCGCAUGGGCAAGAUCCCCGCCCGCUCCACAGAUUCCCCCGGUUUCCUGGCCAAUCGUAUCCUGAUGCCUUAUAUCAAUGAGGCUAUCAUGUGUCUUGAGAAUGGUGUCGGAACAAGGGAGGAUAUCGAUAGCAUUAUGAAGUAUGGAACUAAUGUUCCUAUGGGACCCCUGACACUGGCGGAUUUCAUUGGUCUCGAUACCUGCUUGGCCAUCAUGAAUGUCCUGCAUACGGAGACAGGAGAUAGCAAGUAUCGGCCUGCCGGAUUGUUGAAGAAGAUGGUCGAUGCUGGCUGGGUUGGCAAGAAGAGCUCAAAGGGCUUCUACGACUAUUGA